UCUCGUUUGUUUUCUUUCACUGUCUCGCGUGGAGUGUGACGUCACCGGACACGCAAGACCCAGGAAAUAGCACCGCGGGGGCAACAUGUGCGGCGGUUGCGUGAAGACGGAGUACCCGGUUCGGGGUAACACCUGCUUGGAGAAUGGGUCAUACUUGAUGAACUAUGUAGGUUGCAAUCAAUGCAAAAAGAGGGAUUUUGUGAUGAUAACAAACAGAGCAACAGAAGAAGAUGAUGGAGAGGAAAUAAUCACUUAUGAUCAUGUAUGUAAGGACUGUCACCACGUGAUAGCCAAGCAUGAGUAUACUUUCAGUGUAGUGGACGAUUACCAGGAAUAUACCAUGCUGUGCAUGCUCUGUGGCAGGGCAGAGGAUUCCAUCAGUAUUUUGCCUGACGACCCUCAUCUGAUGACUCCAUUGUUUUGAAGCUUGUUGUUUUCAGUCAGUUGUUUCACAUUGAUUUGUAUGCCAUGAUUGGCAGCAAGUACAAAAUAGGACUUUAAAACCUCCGACUCAAUACAUUUAGAAAGUCAGGUGAUUAGAGUUAAAUGAAUGUCAGCUUGGCUGAUAUUCUGUCUCAUCUUACAAUUUUAUCUGCAUCAUGAAAGAAAAAUCCUCAACUUUAAAAAAAGACUUCUUUAUUGCUAGAGGACAUGCAGAAAAGUAAAUAACUUUUCUGACUUGCAAGAAAGCUUUGCAGGAACUUUGCAAAAAACAGUAGAAAUGCCUGCAAUUCCUCUCCUCUUUCAGAACUUCCUGCAUGGCAGAACAAUGUUGUUCUUCCUCCAGACCUCUAACCAAUACAGUGGACUAUAAGAUGAUGCAGGGUCUUAAGAAGAGCUUUGGAGAAGGACAGAAACAGCAGACAUUUCCCCCAUUUUUGCUGUUCCUCUGCAAAUCAGAAAAAUUGCUACUCCCUUCAUAGAUCUAGCAAAAUCUUACAGAAUAAGGUUAGAAAUAGCAGGAAGCAUUUCUCCGCUGUUUUCUUCCUAGUCCAAAACUCCCUGCAAGUGAGAGAAGGCACUGCUCCUUUAAGAGCAGACAGAAGAGACAGGAUCAUAUGUCACCUCCUUAUAUGCUUGGAUCAAGACAGAAACUGGGAGAAAUCACCUUUUCUGAUCUAAAUGGCUGGUGAAUGCCAUUGUGGACAGCUAUAACUGAUUUGAUGCACCUCUACAACUUUAAAGUUAAAUGUUGCUUACCUGUCCACAGUAGCCAAAUCUAGGCUUUUAGGUGGCAUAGAGGCCCCUGGUAAGAGCAAAUUACUGCUGGUAACUGUAGCACCUAAUCAUUAGGUCAUGUUUUGGACAUACAUAUGGUGGGCAUGUCGUGAGCAGAGCCGGGGGUCAGGCUAGAUGGCCCGGGAGGACCCUUCUGACUUGCUCUGUUUCUGUGUUUCUAUUAGGACAUGUUUAUUGAGAGUGAGAGUGAUUGCCCAAGGCUGCCAUCCUUCUCUCAAAAAUAUUGUUGGGCUCCUUUGUUGUGGUGUGGGUUGUAGUUGGCUCAUGCACAAACAGUGGAAGCACCUGAGCAGUAAUGACAUGAAUCCUCAGCAAGAAAGAAAAUAGGUGAACAGGAACUGCCCAGUUUGUUUCUUCUUCAGCCUCAGACAAGGUCCUGAUUGAUAACUUUCUGUAAUAAAACAGAGCAAUUACAA